AUGAGGCCACAGAGAGGAAGGAGCUCAUUAGCAUAUCGAUUGGAUGAACAAUCCAGCCCUUGGCCUUCUCUGGUCCAGGCGGAGGCCGUGCUGAAGGCCGACAAGCUGCUGACGGAGGCGGAGAAGCACGUGGCCGAGGAGAAGCAGAAGGCUGAGCUGCUGGAGCAGCAGUGGAAGGUGGCAGAGGAGAAGCAGCUGCAGACGGAGCAGCUGCUGAAGGACCAGGAGCGCAGCCACCAGGAGAACGUGAAGCAGCUGGAGGCCAAGGUGGCGGAGGAGCUGGCCAGUGCCCGGCAGGAGGCAGAGCGGGCGCUGGAGAGCAAGCUGAAGGAGCAGGAGGCCAUGCUGCAGAAGGGCUUCGUGGAGAAAGCCAGGCUGAUGGAGGACAAGAUCUCUGGGCUCAAGCGGGAGAUCAGCUCUGCCAGCAAAACUGAUUUUCUGUCAGACCUUUUCGGCACCAUCAGAGAGGCGCUGAGAACCGUCACCUGCGUGUCCGAUUACCUGAGAUCCAGGCACCAGCGUGGGAAGGGGACGAGUAACCCGAGUAAAACCCAGAGAUGAAAGUAGCCAGGCCCCUGUGGGGUCCCCCCAACAGCAAGUCCCACAAACGCUGCUUCCCUUUAGAAUCAAAAGCUGCUUCUGACUAAUUCCUGCAAUCUGCCAGCCCCCACAGCUACUAACACGGCCUGGAGCUGUCUGCAAAAGGAAAUCACAGGGUGCCUGGGUUCUGUCCCCAGCUCUGGGAGGGGAGCAGGGUCUAGUGGUCAGAGCAGGUGGGCUGGGAACCAGGAUGUCUGGGUUCUCUCCCCACCUCCUGCACUGUAAUUCUCUGUAACUUUGUGCUGAUCACAUUACUGUUCUGUGCUUCAGUUUCCCCCUGUGAAAUGGGGACCUUCCCUCUGGGUCGGGAGGACAAAGUGCUGUUUGUCUGUUAGGUGCUGAGCGGAUGGUGCUAUCUAUAUGCACAGUGGUAACACAGGGAUCUCCAGCGAAUGGCUCUGAUUUCCCUCUGUGCCCCUAUAACUGUGUAAAUGCAACCCCAUUCCCAGGGCUCUCCCCCCUGCCGGCGCUGGAACAGGGCUGCUGUGUGUCUAGGGUGAGGCAGCUGUGGGAAUGUCUCCUUUCCCCGACUCAGCAUGCUGAGAGCUAGGUCAUUAUCCCUCCGUCUGUAACUGGAGCUGCCGGCAGGUGGCUAAAAGCUCUCCAACGCCUGUAUCUCCCUGCGCCAGGAGACUCUGUGCCCUGCAGCCCGGGUAUGAAUUAAACAGGUUUGCAUCUGCUGGA